CCGUUGAAAAAAAAAGUGACUAGUUGCCCAAUUUUCCGGACCAUUGCGUGCCGAUCCGAAUCCGCCCGUUUCUCUAUUACCCGAGCUGAGGGGCAGACAAAUUGGGUGCUACGAGUAUACUAAUAAUACAAACAGAAAAAUGUGGAAAGACAGAGGACCAGGAGUGAAGAUCCUAUGGCUUUGGGCUAUUGGAACUGCUGGAAUUCUAGUAACAAGCGUAGUGAGGACCAGACUGCGGGAUAUGGAGGAGUUUAUGAACGCUCAGCAACAAACGCCUGGGCCUAUUGAUUCACCUGCAAUAAGCGACAAUGAUGAUCAUCAAUCAUUGAAUUCCGAGGAUUUCAUUCGGGAGGACAGAGGGUGAAUAAUAGUCUUGUAUGCUAUGUGUUUGAUGAAUUGUCUGAAUGGUGAUUUUAGUUAUUCCUUUACAGAAUUUGGAAUUAUUCGACUCUUUUCUGGUUUUUCCUUUUAAAGUUUUUAAUCAAUUUGCAAGGUUCAUCAUAUGUUUGAAAGCAUAAUUUCAUACAUAUACCCUUUUAAUGGUAUCCGUGCGCUCAAACUUUGAGUUUGCACGAGUAGAUAUUUAAACUUGUAUAAAAUUAAAUAAAUAGACAUAUUUGUCAUA